GGGUGCUGCUGAUCCUGGAAUUCUAGCCUGCCGAGGAAGGUCCCGAGGGCCCCCAACACAGCCCCAGAGCACCCUGUCAGGAGGGGGACGGACAUCCGAGUAAAGGACAGGGGUUGUCCUGGCUGCCCUAAGAACCCAGGAGCUCCUGGCUUCUGCAGUUGGUAACGAUCUGGAGCCGGAUGGGGGAGAAGAAUGCAGUAAGACAUGGGGGAGGGGGUAGAGCUGAGGGGCUGCUGUAGGACGAUCCCAUACAGCACUGCCCUUCCCAGUGCAACCCCGAGAGGGGCCCCGACUCUGUCCCGGCCCUUGGAGGUGGGGGGAGGGAGGCCGCACCACCGAAGGGGCGCCGAGGGCAGGCCACUGUCCCCCAAUGCAGCCAAGAGACAAGAAGAGCGAGGGUGUAUCGGGGUGGUGGCCGGUGGUCCUCAGCUCUCCUCAGGGACCCCUGGUAAACACAGUAGAAGGAAGCAAGACUUCCAAACACCUGUCCAAAACCGGGAGGACAGAAACCCAGCUCCGCGGCCCCUCGAGCCCCGCCGCGCACUCUGCGGCAAAGCCCCCGACCGGAGAUGGGCGAGCCCCGCUCCGGGGUCCCGAGGCGAAAAGGGGAAGCCGGCGGGCGAGGAGCGGCGCCGGGGCGGGGGCUCCGGGGCGACUUACGGCAGCGGCGGCGAGGGAGGCAACGACUGCCCUAGCGCGGGGCCCGGGAGGCGCGGCCGGACUGCAGAGGCGCCGAGGCUGCGGCGGGCGGGACUGCGGUGGGCGCCAUCUUGGAGCGCUCCCCGCGCCCGCCCCCCGCGCCGCCCGAGUCCUUGCAUAAUUGAUGACUCGAGCCGGCCGCGCGCCGCCGCGCGCGCCCCCGCCGCCGGGCCCCCCGCCCGCUCCGCCCCCGCGCCGACCCCCGCCGCGCGCCCCCCGCCCGCCCCGGGCCCGCCCGCGCGCGCCGCCCGCGCCCUCCUGCCCGCCGGUGCUCGGCGGCCCACCUACCCCUGCAGGACGCGCCCGCUCGCCCGCAGCGCGCCGCGCCGCCCGCCCGCCCGCGCGCUCGCUGGCUCUCAGGCCGGAGUCCCCGCGCCGCCCGGACCGGAUCCGGGGCGAGGGAGCAGGGCGCCGGCAGGGGGCGCCGCGCCGGAGCGCCUCGCGAGCGUCCCCGGGCCCGCCUCCCCGACGCCCCCGCGGAGCCGCGCGGGAGGGGCACCCGGCUGA